AAGAAGGUUGUCAAGCCGUCUGGGUGUGAGCAAACACCCAUCAUUGGAGCACUUUCCGCCACCAAACAUCUGUUUGCUUUGAAUCAUCACAGUUCCGAGAGGUGUGGAGUGGACGCCAUGUGGUGUUUGACGCUGCUUUUACCGCUACUGCUAAUCAUCAAUGAUGUCAGCUCCCAGUGGAACGUUUGGGUGCCGCGGGACAUCUCGGCCAUGACCAACACCUGCGUGGUCAUCCCGUGCACCUUCAUGUACCCGUCGGGGAUCAGGCCGUACCGCGGCGUCCACGGCAUCUGGUACUACGGCCAGCCCUACCCGCAGCUCUUCCCGCCUGUGGUGUUCAAGACCCGCACGGACGUAGUGCACGAGAGUUACCAGGGUCGCACCAAGAUGCUGGGUGACCUGCAGCAGAGGAAUUGCACGCUGCUCAUCAACAGUGUUGGACCCGAGCACUCGGGGAGAUACUACUUUCGCGCUGAUCUUGGCGGGGCCAACGUGUACACCUUUCCGGACUUUGCUGAUCUCAAAGUUCUGGAGCAACCCAACAUCGACGUCCCGGAUGAGAUCGUGAGCGACGAGAGCCUGACGCUGACCUGCCACGCCCCCGACAACUGCCCCGACAUGAACCCCGAGAUCCAGUGGAUGUACACGGAUUACCUGCCCGACCCCGAGUUCAGCUCCGACGACGUUGAGGAGGGCAAUACCGCCGUGCGGUCCAGCACUCUGGUGUUCACCCCCAGGCCGGUGCACAAUGGCCAACUGCUGGGCUGCAGGGUGUACUACCCCAACACCACGCUGGUCUACGAGAGACUCGUCUCUCUGGAUAUUAAGUACGCUCCCCGAUCUGUGUGGGUGAACGUCUCCUCGGAGGUGAUGGAAGGCAGUUCGGUGACGCUGCACUGCGAGGUGGACAGUAACCCCCCUCCCAGGAUUUCCUGGAAGUUUGGAGACCAGGAACUGCUGUGGGACACGGCAUCCAACCUAUCGCUCACCGUGGAUGACGUGACACCGGCGGAGGAAGGCGUCUACACCUGCGUCGGCGACAACGGCUACGGCGCCAUGAAUACGUCACUCUACUUGGCCGUCAAGUACCCUCCCCGCGAACCAAUCGUCAACGACUCCUUGACCGUGCUGGAGGGCGCAUCGCUGACGCUGCACUGCAGCACUCAGGGCAGCCCGCCUCCCACCCUCACCUGGCUAAAGGACGGCGAGCUGGUGGGCACCAUCACCGCCGACGAGUUGUCCGUGCUGGAGCUUGAGGGCAUCACGCCGCAGGGUGACGGCCAAUACCGCUGCCUGGCUGAGAACGAGCACGGCCGUGCCAGCAGCUCCCUGAACAUCACCGUGGAGUAUGCUCCCAUUCUUCUGGCCGAGUCCAAAUGCACGGUGGUGCGGGAGGGCGUCCAGUGCGUCUGCGUGGCUUCGGGGAACCCCGAGCCCACCAUCGAGUUCUACUUGCCCGACUUGAACGUCACCAUCAACGAGACGGAGGGCCGCUACAACUUCUACACGCACACGGACGGUCAGACGUCCACGGGCAUGAUCAAACUACGGGAGAAGGGCGAGCGGACCGGCGAUGGCGGCCCCGCCGUCAACGUCCACUGCAGCAUCUCCAACGUGUACGGCCGAGAAAGCGUCAUCCUGGAGCUGCAGCAGGAGAAGAAGUACCUGAUGGCCGUCAUCGUGGGCACAAUCGGCGGAGUGGCGGUCAUUGCCUUCAUCAUUGCGGCAGUGAGAUACGUGGGCCACAACAACAAAAAGGAGAAGACGGGGAUUUCCAACCUGCGGGCUCUUUGGCAGGCAUGGAGAGCCGAGAGUUGAACUACGCCGCUCUGGAGCUGGGUGGGCCCAGGGAGGAGGGGGGCCGGGGGAGGGGGGACGACGGCACCAGCAGUUACGCGGAAAUCAAAGCCAAAUGA